CAGGCCUCACCCUCUUGCUGUGACCAUGGCGAUGGAGUUGGAUGUCUUUGUGGGCAACACCACCAUCAUGGACGAGGAUGUGUACCUGCUCUGGCUUGAUGGGUAUACAGUGAGCGACGCGGUGAGUAUGCGGAUGAAGAGCGGGAUCUUGGAGCAGUGUGGAGCCUCGCAGGACGUCCUGGAGAGCGACACCAUGGAUCAUUACCGCACCUUCCAGAUGACAGAGAGGCUGCUGCACAACCCCUCCAAACUGGUGAACCAGCUGCUGUUCCAGAUCCCCCCGCACAGGCAAAACAUGCUCAUCGAGAGGUGGGGGGGGGGCGCGGCUAUUGUAAAAAUUACCGUGCAAAAAUGCUAUAAAAUACUGAACCCCUUCUCUCCCUCCCUUGCUCCCUCCCUCCCUCCCUCGCUCGCUCUCACUGGCAGGUACUAUGCCUUCGACGAGGCCUUCGUGCGGGAGGUCCUGGGGAAGAAGCUGUCUAAGGGCACUAAGAAGGACCUGGACGACGUCAGCGCCAAGACUGGCAUCACGCUGAAGAGCUGCCGACGACAGUUUGACAAUUUCAAACGCGUGUUCAAGGUAGUGGAGGAGAUGAAAGGACCGUUAGUGGAGAACAUCCAUCAGAACUUCCUGCUGUCGGACCGGCUGGCCAGGGACUAUGCUGCCAUAGUGUUCUUUGCUAACAGUCGCUUCGAGACGGGUAAGAAGAAGCUUCAAUACCUGACCUUUGAGGACUUCGCCUUCUGCGCUGAGCAGCUGAUCCAAAACUGGACUCUGGGAGCCGUGGACAGCAUGGUGGAAGAUAUGGAUGUGGAUUUAGACAAAGAGUUUCUCCAGGAUUUGAAGGAUCUCAAAGUCCUUAUUACAGACAAGGAUAUGAUGGACCAGCAUAAGAGUUUGGUCUGCACUGCGUUGAGAGGAAAGCUGCAGGUCUUCAGUGAAAUGGAGGGGAGCUUCAAGAAUCUGUCCCGAGGGCUGGUAAACAUCGCUGGGAAACUAAUGAACAACAAGGAUGUGCGAGAUCUCUUCAUCGACCUGGUGGAGAAGUUUAUUGAGCCAUGCAAGUCGGACAAAUGGAGCUUAAAUGACGUGCGCCUCUUCCUGACGCAGCACACCAACUCCGUGCGAGCGCUCGACGCAUUCAAGCACCAGGCAGUGUGGGAGAGAUACAUGAGAGUGAUUCAGAGCUGCAUCCUGAAGAUGUACCACGACUAGCCCCUCCCCCCUCCCCCCUGGGACACGUUCUUCAUCUUCCUAGUCUUCAUCUUCUGGUUUUGCUUUGUCUAUCAUUUUGUGUUUCAGUCUGUGACGCGUCCGAGUACAGCCGACACACCAGAGCAUAAGCAUUAAACUAGCCCCCCAUCCCUGCCCCCCCCC